AUGGAUCACAGCCCAGACAUUCAGCAACGCAGCCCAAACGUUUCUGGCGAUGUAGACCAGACAGUCCCAGUAUCUAACACAAGAUUCUUGAGCUGGCCAGCCCUGAUUCUUCUCGGAUUCGCCAGCUAUGCCGCGCUUUGCUCCUUGCUUCGGUUUAGACGCCUCCAAUCGGUUCGCGCUCGAUAUGGAUACACUGAUCGCGCGUCCUUGGCUCGAAUGACCAACCAAGACGCCCAUGAGAUUUCGAAGAACCUCAUUUAUCUCGAGUUUCCGUUGUUUUACGACUUGUCCGUACGGUUGGCAUUGUUCGAGACAUAUGCAGUCGAAAACAUCGGCAAACUUCUCUUCGCCAUCAGUGAUCUGAAUAAAUGGGACACACUGCCCAAAAGAUAUGAGGACACCGAAGUCGUCUACUCUUGUUUCGCGACUUUCCCACCAACUUCAAUAAUGUUGCACAAGGCAAUAGCCCGAAUGAACUAUAUCCAUGCCCCGUACAUUAAAAGCGGCAAGAUUCUCCAGGAAGAUUUGCUGUAUGUGCUUUACGCCUCCAUGGCCGAGCCCAUCCGAUUCAUCAACAUAUUUGAAUGGCGUCAACUGGAUGAGAUGGAGGCCGCCGCUCUUGUCACAAUGUGGAAAUACAUUGGCGACAUGAUGGACAUUGACUACAGGACCGUGCUCCAGAAGAACGAUUGGGAGAACCCCCUCGAGUUUCUUGAAGAUGUGACAAAAUGGGCAUCAGAAUACGAAGAUCUGUACAUGCGGCCAUCGAAAGAGACACAGGCAUUGGGUCAAAUCUUGAUGGAUUUUCUCCUGCAAUCUCACCCAACAUUUGCAAGACCGUUUGCUUACCCAAUGGCGCUUGUUGGCAUGGGAAAUCGUCUCAGGCGUGUGUUUAGGUUCCCGGAGCCUAGCCUGGCCAUGACAGUCAUUACGUACAGUCUCCUCCUCAUCCGAAAGCUGGCCGUCAGAUUCCUCUGCCUCCCGCGCAUCACCCCCAUCGAGUAUAUCUCUCAGCCGGACAAGACCACUGGGCGCAUCAAGCACUACCAUUACAUGAAGGAGCCGUGGUAUGUUCCGGUGACGUUCUGGAGUCGAUGGAAUCUCGAGGCCCUCCUGACUUGGGUGUGGGGUGGAAUGAUCCCGGGAGAUGGCGGCGCAGGUAUGAAACCUGAAGGCCUGCUUUUUGAGGAUUUGGGGCCGAAAAAUACAAUGGGCGAGGGGAUCAAGGAGGCAUUGGAGUUGGAAGAGAUGGUCAGGCAGAAAGCCAACACGGGAUGUCCGUUUGCGAUGGCAGCUAAACCAUGA